AUGCGUUCGGGAAAAUCACCACCGGAAACGUUCAGAAAGCAAAAUUAUUGGACUACUAAAACUACACAAGAACCAAUACCGUGGUAUGUUUGGGAUACUCAAUCACCUACAAGCAAGGAAAAAUAUGAGAAGAAAGCUUCACGUUGGCUGAUACCAAAAUCUAAAAUCAAAUCAUUUAACAAAAACUUUAGGGACUACCUACUGACAUCAACUUUACAUGGCCUGCGAUAUAUUGGAGAGAGGAAAUUAACAUGGUUUGAAAGAUUCUUUUGGCUGGCCGCAUUCGGUUCGUCUCUUGUAUGUGCCGCAUUCUUCAUUCUAAAUGUGUAUGCGAAAUGGAGCAUGUCCCCAAUGAUUGUUAGCAUCAAUCCGCAGAAUAUGCCGCUGAAGGACCUGCCCUUUCCGGCUAUCACGAUAUGUAACGUUAACCAGGCAAAGAAGACAGUUGCAGAAGAAUACUUGAAGACAGGCAAUUCUGUGGACAAAAAAAUAUUGGUAAGUCUCUGCACGACCCAAAAUGACGCCGACAUAUUCGAGGACAACAUAGCUGAAAGCGCUACUUGGGACUACACACGAUCCUUUCUCAUAAACGUAACUCAACCAUGUAGCGAGAUGUUAAUAUUAUGUGAAUGGAACUCCCAUAUAAGAAGCUGUCGUGAUUUGUUCAACGCACAGCUAACCGACGAAGGUCUGUGCUGCACAUUCAACGUUGUGCAUCGAAACAUGAUGUUCCGGAAUCCAGCCUCCCUAAAUGACUUGAAUUUGACAUUUCCACUGCCAGCUGUUGACUGGACACCGGAAGGUGGUUACCCAAAAAAUUCUCCUCCAGAUGGUUUUCCUUGGAGACCACAAGGAAUUGGCACUCACCAUGGCCUGUCAUUGAUAUUAGAUGCAAACAUAGAUGAAUACUACUGCUCAUCCACGAAAAGCACUGGUUUCAAGAUUCUUCUACAUAAUCCAACGGAAACUCCAAAGCUGGCAAAUCUAGGAGAAAUAUACGGAAGUGGCACAGAAGUCAGAGUAAGCAUUCAGCCAAGGAUCCACGAUGCCCACCCUACGCUACAGUCCAUUGACAUACAAAAAAGGUUGUGCCUGUUUUCCAAGGAAAAAGAAUUAAUUUUUUAUAGAACCUACACUCUAAAGAACUGCGAAAUGGAAUGCGAAGCUAAUGCGAUGAUAAACCAAUGCCAGUGUGUUUAUUAUUAUAUGCCAAAAAAUAAAACUACAAGAGUAUGCGGGAAAGCGGAUGCCAAAUGCUACGCUAAUAUGUCACGCGCUGCCAGUGUACGAACUAAAGAGUGCAUGGAUUGCCUCCCAGCAUGUACAGAGAUAGCGUAUUUAGAGCAAAUGAGUACAGCGCCGUUGAAUAAGAGAUUAGUAACACAACUAGCAAAGACAUUUAAGAGGACACCGGAAUACUUUGCAGAAAACAUGUUGGUUGUACAUUUUUAUUUUGACGACGACACAUUCACGAGACUGACUAAAGGCGAAAUAUUCGGACUCACAGAAUUCCUGUCGAACACCGGAGGUCUGCUGGGCCUGUGUAUGGGCUUCAGCGUGAUGAGCGCAGUGGAAUUACUCUAUUACUUGACACUACGGGCGAUAUGCAUGGGCAAACGGCAGAGGCGCGCGAAACAUCCUUUUACUACUUAAAUUUACUAUAUAUGUAUUAAAAUUAUCAUCAUAACUUCUAUAACUUUACCAAAAGAGCGACCAGAAAAUGAUUGCCUCCAUAAUAUUACAUACAAACAACGGCAAAUAAUAUAAAAAAAACUUUUGGCGUGCCCACCUCCGAACGAAGCUUCACAAGGAUACAACCAAAUGCGUAUAUGCGCUUUUUUCAAAAUACCAGGCCCCCGUAGAAAAUAGUCUUAAAUACACCAAUGUCAAUGGUUUUGUUCGAGUUAUUUACCGCGAACUGUACUUUACACAGCGUUUACAAAUCAUAGACUUAGUAUAACUUAGUACGUAAAACUAAAAUAUACAUAUAUAAAUAACUUUUAUGAUAUUUAGGCAAUUAAUCACGAAUGAAAUGUAACCUUAUUAGUAG